GACUUGGCUUAGUUUCCUCCGACCGCUCCGGCGGCGUCGCCGUUUCCCCGUUUCACAUUCUAGCCUCCGAACCCUCCUCUCCGGCCGUUUCCCUCGCCGGGUGACCCGACCUCGGUGGCUCCCUCUCUCUCUAUCUCUCACCCCUGUCCCCUACCUCGAGAGGUCUCGAGGGCGCCAUGGACGAUGACGACGAGAUGGAGGAGGCAUUCGAAGAAGGGUUCUUUCUUGGGUUCGAGAUCGAUCUCGAGUACGAGUUCGACGCUGCGCGAUACUUCGACUUCGGCCGGGCGGAAAACCCGGCAGAGGCUCGCGCCGCCGAGCUCUGGUUCGAGACCGCCGGGAGCUACCCUCCCUCCCCGCUAGUAGUAAAAGUGAACUUCAAAAAGUAUAUUCCAAUAGAAAAUGGAGACACCCAUUCAAAUCUUAAAGAUUCAGAAUGUGCUAAUCCUAUCAAUGCUGAAUUGGAUGAUGGAAUUGGCCCUGAGCUCUCAGUAUUGUAUGACAAUGAUAAAGGAUUGGAACAUGCUUGUAUGCUUGAAAGUGUUUCCAAAGUUAGUAGUAGAUCUAUUACUAAGGGCCCUUUCUUAAAAGAUUCAACUUUGAUGAAGCCUACUGCUAGUCAAUUGGCCAAGCAAAACCAACCACAUGUGAAGAAUGCCAAUGCCAGCAGGUCUCGAAAAACAGCAGCAGUCAAAAGCAACAGAAAGCAAGAUCCAAGCAGUUAUCUGCAUCAAGCUGCCAAAAGGCAAAAACUAGAGAGUGGUCAUCUAUGCAAGGCGUUGCAUAUACUUAAUGCAAGGACACAACUUGAUUUGGUUCACAAAGUUCCAGAAAAGAAAAUUGGGCCUGCUGAUUUUCCUCGGUUGAAACUCACAAUUCCAAAAGAACCUGUGCUGGAAACUGCAAGAAGGGCUCGAAAUUUCAGGGCUCAAAGGUCCAGCAAUGCUAAACAUUUACAAGAAGGGAUGGUACCAACCACAUCUACAUUCAAAGCACGCCCUUUAAACCGAAAAAUUCUUGAGGCUCCUUCACUGCUCCUCGCUCAGAAGAGCACUCCACGGAUGCCCAAUUUUAAAGAGUUCAACUUAAGAACCCGUGAGAGAGCUAUUCAACAUUGCUCGGCUAUAUCAUCAUCACUGAACACAGACUGCAGUCAUAUUCCUUCUACUGUACAGGGUGAUGUGACAGAAUCCAAAAGGUUUGAGCAUGAGAAUUCUGGUCCUUCAAAGCUAUCAAAUGAUGAUAAGAAGGCAGAAGACAGCAGAAACGUGUCUUCCAUAUUCAAAGCUCGACCACUAAAUAACAAGAUUUUUUCAGGCAAAGGAGAUUUUGGCAUCUUCCGGAGUACCAAGCGGCAAAUAACAAUACCCAAGGAAUUCAACUUCUCAACUACUGAAAGAUGUGAGCAGGCUCCAUUGACAGAACUUUUCAACAAGCUUUCUUUAGCUUCAGAAGGACAACAGACUACUGCUUCCCAGACAAGGUUUCCACCACCCGCUCAUGUGGCCACCAAGGAUUCGAAAGAGAAUUUGGUAACUCUUGCACAAAAGUAAAAUUGAGGCUUCAUGUGGACAAGUAAAUAUUGCAAAAACUUGGACAAGGGUCCCUAUUUGUGUUGAUUGGAGAAGUUUAUUUCUGAAGGGUACAGUUCUCUUUUUUUUUUUUAAUCCGACUUGGAGUGACAAUAGAUUUUAGGCCAUCUCUGACAGUUCUCUAUAUAAAUUGAGGGAUGGCUGCUAGGAAGUGAAAAUUACAGUUCUUCCAACAAUCAUAGGUGCUGCAAAUUCUUAGAGGCAUUGUUACCCUGAAGCUGAGCUGUGAGCAAUUAAUGGCUCAAUAAAAAUGACAAUCAGAUUUGUACAGCUUUACAUCUUGGAGCAUAAGAUAUUUUUUUGUUAAAUAAAAGGAACUGUGCAUAGAUCAUACAACAAAGCAUUUCUUGGUACAGUUCUACAUUGGGAAUUGUAAUGUACAGUGUCUGUUCCUCAAAAUUGUUAUAUCAAGAUGUAUUUUGCUAUAUUUUAAUAUUUGCUAUAAAAAAUCAUUUAUGAUUUCUUCAC